UCGGGAAGGAGGGAGGGAGAGAGAGAGAGGGGGGUUCACAGGGAAGGGUGAGGUCUGCCGGGCUCAGUCGCCGUCCAUAGACAGAGGGAAAAAAUCACCACAGUCAAGCCAGGCUUUUCCCUUUCUGCUCGGCGAGGAGCCCCGCGGUCUGCCGGGACGCAUCGGUUCGCUGCUGCCAUUUGUUUCGGACCGAACCGUCGCAUCCAGCGGAAUGGAGACCUGCCGCUGACGGAGACUGUGCAGCUCCCCCCCACCUGAUAACAACAGGUUGUAUCUCUUGAGCUCAUCUUCCUCUCAGAAAUCUUUCAACAAACGACAAAGAGCUGGAGCCGAGACGGUCAAGCAUGGACGUGCCCAGGAUGGCCGAGGGCCUCUUCAGCAGCACGCUGUCCUCGUCGGGAGGGGGCCACCACGUCCCCUCCUACCUGACGCUGGAGCAGAAGGCUGCCUUCGUCUUCGUGCUGCUGCUCUUUAUCUUCCUGGCGCUCCUCAUCGUGCGCUGCUUCCGCAUCCUGCUCGACCCUUACCGCAGCAUGCCCUCAUCCAACUGGACAGACCACACUGAAAAAGACACGUUCGAUUACCGCAUCGUUUGAGGAGCCCAAACAAAUUAGGAGAAAACUUUUGUUAAUUUCUGUGAUCGGAUGCUUUACGAAGCCCUUUGGCCCCAAGUUCAAACGACUGCCGAUUCACUCGGAAAGUUGAAAUUUUUCUGAAAAUCCUCUGAAUGUUCGGAUUGAUUAUGGCAUCGGCGAUUUGUGGUGAAAAACGUUUAAGAGCUUCUCUUUAAAUCUGAAUUUUCUCAGCCAUUAAAUCUCGACCAGAUUCAUAGUUUUAAGGAAAUCUGUCAAACCACCACUGCCAUUGUCACACCCGAAUUUUAUCAUUGUGAGACAGUAAAGCUAUUUCUAUUCUAUUCUAUUGGAGCCCAUAAAGGUUCAGCAGAGUUAGCGACUAAGAAGCGAGUUAUGCUUAAGUUUCUAAAACAAAGACUUCAGACCUGACUUAGACUUGUCCUUUAAAGACCUGACUUAGACCCAAGGUUUGAGACGUCAAUGCCAUAUGCACACGACAACAAUCCAUUGAAAAUGGAAUGGUUUUCCUGUGUCUGCUAACAUAUCUGCGUGACAACUUUUAACUUAGCGAUCGCUGCGCACAACACACAAAAUUAAACCAAAAAACAGUGUAAUUGCCUUGUAGCACCACUAGUUGGCGGCGUGCCCUGCUUAAUGCUUAAAAAGGCACCGCCACUAAAUAAACUUUCAGAACGGGAGGGACUCUAACGUGCACAGACGACGAGGAUGACUGAAUUAUAAAACCACACAGAGUACAUAUUUGAGGCUAUUUCUUAACAAAAGCACUUGCGCAGUGCGUUUAAUUUAAUAUCCAGGGACAACGACCCGUUCGUGUUUUGUUGUUUUUUUUGUAGUGACCAAAAAGACCGUACGGAUGUCUCUGAGAAUGAACUCUGUAUUAAAUGACAAAAAAAACUAAGCCCUACCCGUUUGUGAGAUUGUAUUGUCUCGCUGUUUGGCUAGCCUCACUAUAAAGACACUUGAGGUUCUUCAAAACAAAAGCACUUCCUGUUUGAUUCAUGCAGAAAUAAAAAAUUUUUCUACUGAUUUCGCGUGAAAGGAAUUGCUAAUUUAUGUUUUUAGCGGGGGGGGGGGGGAUUUUACCCAACAAACUUUCAAAAUAACAUUUCUAGCAUGUUUGUUCAUGAAAUGUUCAUGUGUUAAAUUAAAUCUGGAUUUGACUCUAUAAUCUAAAGCAGCUCUGUGUAUUAGGCAGAUGGUUGCCACUGAUACUGUGGGAGGGUUUUAAUUUCAGCCAUCAGAAACUUCAGACUUGACUCAGACUUGCCCCUCAGAGACGUGAAAGAGCUGAGACUCGAUUUGGACUUCUUCUUUAAAAAACUUGAUUUAGACUCGGAAAAAAAAUCUCUCUUUCCCCGCCAUCCGUUCUUUUGUGGACUACCUCACUCGUCUGUCUCCCGUACGAUGGUGUUUCCUCACAGAUCACACAGGGUCCAGUGUUUUUUGAUAUACAAGCCAGAUCAAUGGUGGCAGUGUUUACAUCAGAUCACAUCCUAGAAUUUUUAUGGAUAGUGUAGACAAUCAGUGUUUAAAGUAGCUUAAAACAAAUGAAGUGCGACUAGUGCGGGUUGUUGAGGUCGUUUUUUUAAGAGUAUUUUCUUAAUUCGCAAAGAGGUUCAAAAGACUUUGUGUGAUAUGCAGGCAAAGAGGAAGUCGAUUGCCUUAUGUCUUUAUAAGAUGCAUAAAGGUUCUAAAAAAAAAAGUGUUGUUUUAGCUUCAUAAAGCAGGUUUCACAAACAGAAAGAAGACAUUUUUGCUUGAAAAGCUCCCUUUAAUGCUUAGGAAUGAUUUGAACAAAGAAAUGGCAGCAGUGAGUUACUCACUGUUGCGUGUGUGUGCGAUGGGCAGAACAAAACUAACUUAACUGUGUGUGUCCCUUCAGUCACGGAGGGGUUUUUGGUGUCAUCGAGUUUAGACGUAAACAACCAAAAGAGGUGUUGAAGUUACAAAAAAAAAAAAAGAGAAGAUAACAUUUACUGUGCUGUACUGUGUGCCUAACCUAAAAGAUGUUCUUGGAAAAAGAGAGAAAAUGGAUUCAUAUUCGGGUAUGUUUUUAUUUUAUUUACCGUGUGUGUCUGUGUAAAUGAGCGAGUGCAUUAGUGUGGGGUGGCAAUUUAAAAAAAUGAACUGAAAAACAAAAAGAAAAAAGAAAAAACUAAACAGCAUUUUACUGCCUGCAGUUGGUAUAUUGACAGUUGGUAUGCCAGACCUGCAGAGUGUUGAUGUUGAAGAUGAUGAAGCGUUUUCACAUCCAACCCUUUACAAACUAAUGUUGUGGCUCUUUCUUUGGCCAACUUUUCAACUGUGCGCCUUAUAGUGUAGAUUGUUUACAGUAUCGUAGGUGGCAAACACACUGGGAACUCCACUGCAACAGUGUCUUUGCUCUUCACCGAUGUCAUAUGAUUUGUUAAAAA